GAUAAAUAAUACGGACGAACAAAUACUCAGCCGGUUACAGAACAUAAGUAAUGAAUCAGUUGUGACGGGGAAUAAUCGCUGGAGAUUUAGCUAACAAAACGUAGCUUUCGGACGGGAAUUAAAGUGUGCAAGGACAUGGUUUAUUCUCAUGGUGAAAAGAAAGUAGUUAUUGCUGUUUAGAACAACCAGUGUAAAGAAUUAAAGGGGGUAAAUUUGGACCGUUAAUUCUUCUUUUUUUUUUUUAGUUGUUAAGUUUACAUAUACAAUAAAAAAAACAUCACCAAGGAUGUCUUGUCAGUUUUAUCAAUUUUAUUGAAUAACUGUGAAGUGUUCAAAGAAGAGAAACCUAAUUUCAAAAUAAAAUCACAAACAUGGCGUUGGCAGGAUGCACAACCACUACCACGGAAAAACUGCCUUUGCCGUCGGUCACAAAAAUGACGUUAUUUCCGUCGAUAAACUCGCCACGAGUGACUUGUACAGGCGGAGCGCACGAGCAAAGCGACUCCGCGUCAAACUUUUCACAAAGUGUAUGUGCCCAACCGACGUCACAGCUGGUGCGGUCCAGAAGUAUGACGCAUGGAAUUUUGGGACCGAAUCAUCAGCUGUAUCCCAGCUCUCAAUGGGCGACAGAAAACAAAUUGGAGUUCUCGGACAGGCGAACGGAAGUUCCGUCUAGCUCGCGCCCGGACUUCGUCAUAACGUCUCUUGACACCCGAAAACACAACCCACAGUCCAAACAGAUCUUCCAUAUCAAAAGGAUAAAUAAAAAGCCCGUAUGCAGUGUACAGUGGCUCGGUGCGGGUAAGGAGGCCGGAAGCCAGGCGCCUGGGGAAGCCACCAGGAGCGAGUAUCGGACAUCCUUCCAGCAGCGUCCGCUAGCAGAGCCGCGCCACAUCGUUCAUAAACAAGAAAAGGAGAAUAAACCGAUCGAUGGCAUCGUUCCGAUCAACAUCACAAGUAAAACAUUUGACGUUCGCUCAGAAAUGAUGUUGCCUGUUUGUGAUUCGACUGCGAUACCAUCGGCACAUAACCCGCACCGCUACUUGCUCAGGAAGAGAAAAGUUCCCGCCCCUUUCACAGCGGACACCCACGCGGUCAAUUGUGCCUGCGGUAUAGUGUACCCGAACCUGUCCCGGCCCCCUGCACCACCCACCAAGUCAACCCCGGCGUCUGGUGCAUCCACGCCCCUCCUUUGUGGGACGGACCGUAUCAGCGUCAGCAGCCUGUCUGGGUACGCCUUCAGCCGCCGGAAGUUUAUACAGCCGCCCUCGAAUAACAUCCAGCCAGGGUUUGACGGCGGGGUACCAAUGUGCGAGAGUACCAAGUUUGGUGAUACUCUUCUGCCCUUCAUGAAGGCAAAGUCCAUCAUUUAAGAGUGGUUUAAAACUGGACGUGUAUUUCAUUUCUUGAUAUUUAAUGACCUGUUGAUGUAAAUACAUAUGUAUUUAUUUACCUUAUUAUUUAUUUUGCGUUGAAGUGCUUUUAGUUUCUAUGACUACAGCUCAAAGCUUUUUUUAUUGAAUUUGACUUCGUUUAUUGUGAUGACGCUGUCUAAAUAAAGUUAAACUUUU